AUGGAUUCAAGCCAAGGAGGACGAUUGUGUUUGCUAGCUGGACUGCUGGAGAAUAUGGGAGCGUUGGCGCCACCGAGUGGUUGGAGGGUUAUCUGUCUUCUCUGAACAUGAAAGCCUUCUCCUACAUCAACCUGGACGGUGUUGUAACAGGUCGUAGUGGAUUUAAAGUAGCAGCCAGUCCCUUGAUGCACGGCCUGAUCGAGAACACUCUGAAAGAGUUGAACUUCGGCAAGGAUCAGUCUCUCUUUACUCAAUUUGGAAAGGGCAACUGGGAAUCAGAUGUGUUGGAGCCUCUGAAGUUGGAUAACGCUGCAUAUCCUUUCCUGGCCUUCUCUGGCAUUCCCUCAGUCUCAUUUAGAUUCACCUCUGGUAACUCA